AAGUUGGAGUGUUCAACAGACAGAGUGGAGACAAGUUGAGGUAUCUAGAUGUCCACUCUCAAAGUUGGAUGCUUACUUGCCAACUAAGGCCAAAUUAAGUGUCUGUAUUAUGCCUACAUAUAAUGCUAUCACUCUGGAACCUGAACUUCUAAUUGGAAACCCAUUGGAUAGUGUUACUUGAUCAUAGCAUAAGCAUGGCUGCAUAUUCAGUUCCACCUGUAGAGGAGUUGCUGUCAAAAAGAGUUCAAGAAAUGGUCCUUCAUGGGGAGGAGCCACUAGGACCUUAUAUUUGCAGAAGUGGUGACGAUGUUGAUGAAAAAGAAGACAUCAUGGAUACUUCUCCAAUUCCUAUAAUUGAUCUAAACCUCCUGUCUUCUUCAACAACAUCAGAUAACGAACGCGAACAAGAGUUGGAGAAACUUGGAUCAGCUCUAUCUUCUUGGGGAUGUUUUCAGGGAAUAGCACAUGGGAUUUCAGCUUCUUUACUGGACAAAAUCCGCCAAGUUUCAAGGGAAUUCUUCAACCAGCCAAUGGAAGAGAAGAACAGGUAUGCUAAAUCAGUUGUUGAUUUCCAAGGUUAUGGAGCUGAUCCUGUUCCAGAACAAGGUCAGUCCCUUGAUUGGUCUGAUCGUCUCUUCCUCGAGGUGUUCCCUGAAGAUGGAAGACAGUAUAACCUCUGGCCACAAAUCCCAAUAUCAUUCAGAGAGGUCUUAGAAGAUUAUUCUGAGAAAAUGAAAAUGGUCACAGAAAUUACCUCUAAAGCUAUGGCAAAGUCGUUGAAGCUGGAAGAAAAGUGCUUCUUGGAACAAUUUGGAAAACAAGCACAACUGCAUGCGCGGUUUAACUACUACUCGCCAUGUCAGAGGCCUGAUCUGGUUCUUGGCUUAAAACCCCAUGCUGAUGGAACAGGAUACACUAUUAUUCUGCAAGAUGAAGUAGGACUCCAAGUGCUUAAGGAUGGCAAAUGGUAUACAGUACCAAAAAAUCCUACAGCUCUGCUUGUUCUCAUGGGUGAUCAAAUGGAGAUAAUGAGCAAUGGAAUAUUCAAGAGCCCGGUGCAUAGGGUAGUGAGUAAUUCAGAGAGGGAUAGAAUUUCUAUCGCAAUGUUCUACACGCCUGAAUUAGGGAAAGAAAUCGGACCAGAAGAUGACUUAGUCAAUAUGGACAGACCAAGGAUAUACAAGAAAGUGACAGAUUAUGCAGAAACUCAUUGGAAGUUUUACCAGCGUGGUUCGGAAGAAGAAGGCACCAUUCUAAUAAAUGAAUCAUCCAAUGAUGAUUUGGUCUGCAAAUUGGAACUCUUUUAUUUGAGCUCAUUCUCUUAAUUUCCUUCAAGCAUUCCAAUAUUAAGUUAGACAAGGAUUCAGCAAUAGAAAAAAUGAACUAAAAAGGCAUUGCAUAAAAUUUGCUGCAUACACGUUUAAAGUCUAAAAUAUCAAAUCCAUGAGGCCUUUGAAGAUAAAUAUUUGCAGACGUGUGCACAAUAAGCACAUUUAAAGGAAAAAUCACAGUAGUAGCCCAGAAAUUGUGACUUAUUUCAAUUGAUGUAACAGGUCCAUGACGAUUGACGACUGUCAUAUCAUAUGGCAGGACAAAAAAGUAGAAUAAGUCAACAAAUAUUCUUCUUUGAACUUCUGCCCAUAAAUAGAUACUAUUUGAUAUUUCAAAAACUUUAGGCCACUCGCAACUGUACAAGACGAAUUCACCAUUAAAUAUUUAUAGAUAUAUAGUUUACUUUUUAAUUAUUAGUAUACAUUUUUGGCUACAAUUCCUUUUCCUCACAAGUAUCUCUUCCCAAGGGAAAAUACAAGUAUGAGAAGUUUUGGAUGAACAUGGCUGCAAGUCUGCAGGCGCCUCCACAUGUAGGGACAAUUGCAUUUGUCUUUGCUAGCUGUGUGGACCUCAUCUUACGUUCAAUCCUUAUCUUCUGUUAAGAAACACACACACACACACAUAUAUACUGUAUAAUACAUAUAAGUAAACACUUUAACUUGAGAGCACAUGUUUAGACAUCUUAACUUGAUUUCAAGUCUCAACUGACAACUAAACACUCCAAUUUGUUUUCAUUGUGUCUCGUGGACAUCCACACUGAUGUGACAUAUGAAUCCGUGUCUAAAUGAUCAUUUGUAAGUUAGAGUGUUCGACUGACAUAGUGAAGGCGAGUUGAGGUGUCUGGUCUCAAAGUUGGAGUGCUUAGUUACUUGCCAGCUAAGGUCAAAGUUGAACUGUUGUUUAUGUAUUAUGCCUACUAUGUAUAAAUGCUAUCACCCUGGAACCUGAAGUCUAAUUCAUUAACUUCUUAUUGGAAACCAACU